UUUCUUCUGUGCUGCUGAUAGGACGGGGCGCGCGUCGUUUAGGAUGCGAAGGAAGCCUAUUGGCUGUGGGAGGAGUUCUGCUCAUUGCAUAAGAUUCACGUGGAAACCCAUGAGCUAGAUCUGGUGUGUGUGUUAUGUGAGCGCUCUCUAAUUCCAGAGGUACUGAGUCAGCCCAGUAGAAAUAUGGAUCCUGUCAUCCUGAAAAUUGAUGAGGCAAUCCUUCUGAUUGCCUUGCGGAGGCAACGAAGAAGGAGACAGGAGGAGGCGAGAAGCAGGAGACGGCAUCAAUAUUGGGUGCAUCCAAUGGUAUCCCGUCGGGUGUCAACGGGGUACUUUUGCAAUUUGUAUUCGCAACUGCGUUUAUAUCCAACCAAAUUCAUGAACUUCACAAGGAUGUCAGUGCCGCGCUUCGACGACCUGUUGGAGAGGCUCAGACCGAGGCUGACCAGGAUGGACACUGUAAUGCGGAUCUCUGUUUCACCGGAGGAACAGCUCCUAGUGACACUCAGGUUCCUUGCCACAGGACAAAGUUAUGCAACCUUACAUCACUAUUUCCUACUUGGCGUCACAACAGUGUCUAGAGUAGUAAAGGAAACAUGUGUGGCAAUAUGGGAGGAGUUACAUGACGUUGUAAUGCCAGAGCCCACAGAAGAGAUCUGGGAAUCUGUCGUAGACACUUUUUGGGAGAAAACACAGUUUCCAAAUUGUAUUGGUGCCCUUGGUGGGAAACACAUCAGGGUGAAUAAGCCUCCCCACUCUGGAUCAUCCUAUUUUAAUUACAAGAAAUAUUUUUCGGUGGUCCUCCUAGCAUUGUCCGAUGCACAUCUUAAAUUUCUUUUUGUGGAUGUGGGAGCUUAUGGAAGCCAAGGUGACGCCCGUAUAUUCCGUGAGUCGGCCUUUGGACGUCGUGUGCAUGCGGGACAACUCAACAUUCCUGAAAGCAGGCCUCUACCCUGCACUGAGAAACCCAGCUUACCUUUAGUAAUGGUGGCAGACAAGGCCUUUGGAUUGGCAAAAAACCUUAUGAGGCCAUACAGCGGCUGUGGUCUCAACCGUCAACAAAAAAUCUAUAAUUAUAGGCUAAGCCGUGCACGCCGUGUUGUUGAAUGUGCAUUUGGGGUGUGCACAGCCAAAUGGCGAGUUUUGCUCACAAGCAUGCAACUUGACGUGGAGAACGCCAUUAAAGUUGUCCUGGCAUGCUGUGUUCUUCAUAAUUUCCUAAGGGACAAUGACAGCAGCAAUGUUGAACCGGAGCCCAGUAACCACUCUCAGAGGGUGCAAUUUAUGGACUUGCGGUCAACGGCACGUGCCAUGAGCAUUCGAAACCAGUUUGCUGCUUUUUUUGAAUCCCCUGAUGGAGAGGUGUCAUGGCAGAAUGAUUAUGUGUAAAAAAAAAAAAA